AUGUGCUUGGUAGAGGUGGUCAUUGGGUUUAUAUGCGCGUGGUGUGGUGUGGUGUCGUGGUGCAGCGUGGGCCGACGUGCUAGAAACCGCAGGAAUGGCAGACGGAGACGAGAGAAGGAAAACCACGAGCCAAAGUACCACUUACCAUGCUUUCUUACGCUGCAUUGUCAGUAA